GCUACCUCAUUCUCAAUGGAAAAAUAAAAAGUUAGAGAGAGCGUGGUUCAACGCUCCAUGAACCUACGUGGUCAAUCGUCUUGUCCGCACAAGUAAUGAUAACAGGCUAACUCACAGCCGUGUGUAUAUAUACAAAGACAAACAGGAAGAGUCUCAAGGCAACCCAAACAGAAAGACAACAGCUAGAGGCCUAGAGCAGAGACCAAACUCCUCCCAAUAAUACACCAGAGAGGAGCAAGCAAAUUGUAGUGAUGGGUUGCGGCAACAUUUCGACACUGACGGUCAUGGUGGUGGUGGUGGCCUUGUUGAGCUGUAUGGCUCCCCCAAGCAAGGCACAGCAGCAGACCUGCGCUAAUGACCUGCUGCCUUGUGGAGACUACCUCAACAACACCGACCAACCAUCCACCACCUGCUGCACCGCCAUCAAACAGACUGUGGAUACUCAGCUCACCUGCCUCUGCACUCUAUAUACCACCCCCGGCCUUCUCAAGGCCCUUGGCGCCAACAUCACCUCCGCUGUUAGAAUCGCCAACGCUUGCGGCGUCAACUCCCUCGAUGCCGAUAAGUGCAACGCUGUCCGGGGUCAAGCGCCUGUUUCUCCACCUACAGCUGUACCGGGAGGUGAUGGUAGCAGUGGUUCCGUCAGGAUUGUGUGGACCGGAUUCCCUGCUCUGCUCUUAUUCUGGGCUUCCGUCAUGUAUUACUAGUUUUUUUUCGCAGCCGAUAAUUAUAGUCUAUUGAGUAAAUAAAGCGAAGAUCGUUUGGUAUUAGGGUCCAGAGCAGAAAUUUGGAGAUCAUUGUAUUUGCUUCAUGUUGGUCGAGAUUAAUUUAUUUGAGUAGCAUUUUUAGCUUGGAUCAUCUUGUUCAGUAUUGCUUAUGAUUGUGUGCUUUUGGUAGCACUAUUGACCAGAUUUAUGCUUGUAUCAUGUACUGGUGUUCUGAAGUAUUAGUAAUGAAUCAAUGUUGCGAAUGAGUGAGACUCAAUGUGGUUUGUAGUCUGUAAUGGGGAAAUGGAUUCUCUGCUCUUAUGUGGUUUGUAAUGG